GCAUACAUACAUACAUAAACAGACCCGCCCCAAGCAAUGAGCAAGAAGACGUGGAAAGAACUGUACCCACGCCUUCACCAUCAAUAGCGGAAAUCACGCAGCUUCAGUGUCCGAGUACAGUACCAAGAACUACGACAAUGACCACCGUCCCUGCUAGCAGCCCGCCCUAUACGGGUCCCUCCGUCGGCACCAUGCUACAAAAUCAUACGCUUGCCAGGGAGAUCAUCGCGCGUAACAACGAUCCGUGCCCUAUACUCGACAAUGACGAGUUGAAAUUACUCGGUGCAUUCGUCGCUAAUCCCGCCAUUGCGCAAACCACUGCCAAAGACAUCAGAAGCAUUAAUAUCCGCGACAAGGAGCAGGUAGAUGCAUCUGGCAGUCUGGUUCUUUACCUGAUGUAUCUACACGUGUCUGCGGGAGAGGGCUUGACCCCCCAAGAGACUGGGGUACUCAAGGAUUGGUUUUCUCAACAAGAGCUUGCCUAGAAGCAAGGGAGUUUUGUGAUAUACCUAGGUAGUCUCUGGGUGAGGCGGUACUGCGAGACCAACAAGCAAUCCCGACGUCAAGUUAGCAUGUCGCACAGAAGCGACAUCAGCUUAGCCACGCUGGCAGACUGGCCCAGGGUCAAGUUGGCGUACAAUUUGCCACGUCCUGUCUGUGCUCACUGACAUAGCCAUCACCUACUGCCCGUUUUCCUUCUUCAACUGCUGCCCAUGUGAAUGAGCAUCCGAUACUAUGUACCUCUUUGGAAUUAUCAAGUGCGGCAAUCGUCAGCGAAUGAAAAAUUUCCAGCCCCACAAAGACCACGAUCUCCCCAAUU